GCUACUUCCCGGAGCACGUGAAAUGCAUGACCAGCCUGCGGUGGCUGAAGCUGAACCGCACGGGCCUGUGCUACCUCCCCGAGGAGCUCUCCGCCCUCCAGAAGCUGGAGCACCUGUCCGUGAGCCACAACAGCCUGACCACGCUGCACGGAGAGCUCUCCGGCCUCCCCUGCCUCCGGGCGAUCGUGGCCCGAGCAAACAGCCUGAAGAACUCGGGCGUCCCCGAUGACAUCUUCCAGCUGGAUGACCUCUCGGUGCUGGACCUCAGCUACAACCAGCUCACCGAGUGUCCCCGCGAGCUGGAGAACGCCAAGAACAUGCUGGUCCUCAACCUUGGCCACAACAGCAUCGACAGCAUCCCGAACCAGCUGUUCAUCAACCUGACGGACCUGCUGUACCUGGACCUGAGCGACAACCGGCUGGAGACCCUGCCCCCGCAGAUGCGGCGCCUCGUGCACCUGCAGACGCUGGUCCUGAACAACAACCCGCUCCUCCACGCCCAGCUGCGGCAACUCCCGGCGAUGACGGCGCUGCAGACACUGCAUCUCCGCAACACGCAGCGCACCCAGAGCAACCUGCCCACGAGCUUGGAAGGCCUGACGAACCUGGCAGACGUGGACCUGUCCUGCAACGACCUGAACCGGGUGCCCGAGUGCCUCUACACCCUGCCCAGCCUGCGGCGCCUCAACCUGAGCAGCAACCAGAUCUCGGAGCUGUCCCUCUGCAUUGACCAGUGGACCCAGCUGGAGACCCUCAACCUGUCGAGGAACCAGCUCACCUCGCUGCCCUCGGCCAUCUGCAAGCUGACCAAGGUGAAGAAGCUGUACCUGAACUCCAACAAGCUGGACUUCGACGGCAUCCCCUCGGGCAUCGGCAAGCUGGCCAGCCUGGAAGAGUUCAUGGCUGCCAACAACAACCUGGAGCUCAUCCCGGAGAGCCUUUGCAGGUGCGCAAAGCUGAGGAAGCUGGUGCUGAACAAGAACCGCCUGGUCACGCUGCCCGAGGCGAUCCACUUCCUGACGGACGUGGAGAUCCUGGACGUGCGGGAGAACCCCAGCCUAGUGAUGCCGCCGAAGCCCGUGGACCGCACCUCGGAGUGGUACAACAUCGACUUCUCCCUGCAGAACCAGCUGCGCCUGGCAGGCGCCUCGCCGGCCACCGUGGCUGCGGCCGCUGCAGGCAGCGGCACCAAGGACCCCCUGGCCCGCAAGAUGCGGCUGCGGCGACGCAAGGACUCAGCCCAGGACGACCAGGCCAAGCAGGUGCUGAAGGGCAUGUCCGACGUGGCGCAAGAGAAGAGCCGGACACUGCAGGAGCACGAGGACACGAAGUCCCCGGAUAUGAAGACGCGACGCUGGGACCAGAGCCUGGAGAAGCCGCACCUGGACUACUCGGAGUUCUUCACGGAGGACGUGGGGCAGAUCCCGGGCGUGUCCGUCUGGCAGAUCGAGAACUUCGUGCCCACCCCGGUGGACGAGGCUUUCCACGGCAAGUUCUACGAGGCCGACUGCUACAUCGUGCUCAAGACCUCCCUGGACGAUAAUGGCUCGCUGAGCUGGGAGAUUUACUACUGGAUCGGGCAGGAGGCCACGCUGGACAAGAAAGCCUGCUCCGCCAUCCACGCCGUCAACCUGCGCAACUACCUGGGUGCCCAGUGCCGCAGUGUGCGCGAGGAGAUGGGCGAUGAGAGCGACGAAUUCAGCCAGGUGUUUGACCACGAGAUCUCCUACAUCGAGGGGGGCUCAGCCAGCGGCUUCUUCACUGUCGACGACACCCACUACCUCACCAGGCUGUAUCGUGUCUAUGGAAAGAAGAACAUCAAGCUGGAGCCGGUGCCACUGAAGGGCACGUCGCUGGACCCGCGGUUCGUCUUCCUGCUGGACCACGGCCUCAACCUCUACGUGUGGCGCGGGGGCCAGGCCACCCUGAGCGGCACCACCAAGGCCAGGCUCUUCGCCGAGAAGAUCAACAAGAACGAGCGCAAGGGCAAGGCGGAGAUCAUGCUGCUGAGCCAGGGCCAGGAGGAGCCCGCCUUCUGGGAGGUGCUGGGGGGGCCCCCCCCAGAGAUCAAGCCCAACGUCCCAGACGACUUCCAGCCACCCAAGCCCAAGCUGUAUAAGGUCGGCCUGGGGCUGGGCUACCUGGAGCUGCCCCAAAUCAACUACAAGCUCUCGGUGGAGCACAAACAGCGUCUGAAGGUGGAGCUGCUGCCGGAGAUGCGCCUGCUGCAGAGCCUGCUGGACACGCGCUCCGUGUACAUCCUGGACUGUUGGUCGGAUGUCUUCAUCUGGAUCGGCCGGAAGUCCCCGCGCCUGGUGCGGGCCGCGGCCCUGAAGCUGGGCCAGGAGCUCUGUGGCAUGCUGCACCGCCCCAAGCACGCCAUCGUCACCCGCAACCUCGAGGGCACCGAGUGCCAGGUGUUCAAGUCCAAGUUCAAGAACUGGGAUGACGUGCUCAAGGUGGAUUACACCCGCAGUGCCGAGACCGUGCUGCAGGCCGAGGGGCUAGCCGGCAAGGUGAAGAAGGAUGCCGAGAAGAAGGACCAGAUGAAGGCCGACCUCACAGCCCUGUUCCUGCCCCGGCAGCCCCCCAUGGCCCUGACGGAGGCGGAGCAGCUGAUGGAGGAGUGGAACGAGGACCUGGAUGGCAUGGAGGGCUUCGUCCUGGAGGGCAAGAAGUUCGCCCGCCUGCCCGAGGAGGAGUUUGGGCACUUCCACACCCAGGACUGCUACGUCUUCCUGUGCAGGUACUGGGUGCCGGUGGAGUACGAAGCAGACGAGGAGAAGAAAAAGGGCGAGGGGCCGGGCGAGGCAGAGGAGGAGGAGAAGUCCCCCGAGGAGGACUUCCAGUGCGUGGUGUACUUCUGGCAGGGCCGCGAGGCCUCCAACAUGGGCUGGCUCACCUUCACCUUCAGCCUGCAGAAGAAGUUCGAGAGUCUCUUCCCCGGCAAGCUGGAGGUGGUGCGCAUGACCCAGCAGCAGGAGAACCCCAAGUUUCUGUCGCACUUCAAGCGCAAGUUCAUCAUCCACAAAGGCAAGCGGAAGGCCAAGGCCGACAGCCUGCAGCCCAGCCUGUACCACGUCCGCACCAACGGCAGCGCGCUCUGCACCCGGUGCAUCCAAAUCGGCACCGACGCCAGCCUGCUCAACUCCGAGUUCUGCUUCAUCCUGAAGGUGCCCUUCGAGAGCACAGACAACCAGGGCAUCGUGUACACCUGGGUGGGCCGUGCGGCCGACCCUGAUGAGGCCAAGCUGGCCGAGGACAUCAUGAACCACAUGUUCGACGACUCCUACAGCAAACAGGUGAUCAACGAGGGCGAAGAGCCUGAGAACUUCUUCUGGGUGGGCAUUGGGGCCCAGAAGCCCUACGACGAGGACGCCGACUACAUGAAGCACUCGCGCCUCUUCAGGUGCUCCAACGAGAAGGGCUACUUCUCCGUGUCCGAGAAGUGCUCGGACUUCUGCCAGGACGACUUGGCCGACGAUGACAUCAUGCUGCUGGACAAUGGCCGUGAGGUUUACAUGUGGGUGGGGACCCAGACCAGCCAGGUGGAGAUCAAGCUCAGCCUGAAAGCCUGCCAGGUGUACAUCCAGCACAUGCUCCUCCGAUUUGUCAAGGUCGCUCUGAAUCCUAGCCCUACCCUCCAGCAUAUCUACUACGCGCAGGAUACCGCUACAUCAGAAGUGUAUAUCUAG